UAUGUCGAAAUAGCUGUACAUCAUUCUUUGCUAGCAAAUUGGAGUGUAGGUUGAACAAACACUAGUAAGAUCGGAACGCCCGUGUACCGUUUUUUGAAAUCCCCGAAUACUACUAGCCCCAGACGGCAAGUACGGUUGACAAAUGUCCCCGUUGUGAUAAGGACGCGGCUCCAUUGCAUGGUGCUGCCUGUACAAACCACAAGGAUUGCAGAUCGAAGGCCAGAACCCAGUCGCAAACCACUACAUCGCCUGUGAACGCUGAUAAAUCAAAUGCGGCCCUUCCGCAGCAAUCGUGCCGAACAGCAGCCUCGCCGUUCUAUUGCAACGCGUCGGGCUGCUGCGGCGAAGGAAGUAACGGUCAUACUCCGGCUGGUCAAGGGGCUAACCUCUUUUGGUGUGAAGGUGCAGCAGCUAAAUACUGGCGAAUUCGUAAUUGCUAACAUCCUUGAAAAUAGUCCAGCAUCUUUAUGUCCCAAGAUGGAGAUCGGCGAUGUCGUUCUUUCUGUGAACAAUUCGGUCCUGUUAGGCCAGAAACCGUCUUUUGCUCAUCAAGCAAUUCGCCUUUCUCCCAAGACAAUGCAUUUACGUCUGAAAAAAGAUCCAGACAUUAAAGAAAAUGUUCACCGAAUGCUAAAGAUUCCGCGUUCUUUAGUCGGAACGAGCCCUGAAACUAAAGAAUAUUCGAUCACUAUAGAAACUGCAUGUAAACCAAACGACGAAGCCGGUUACGGAUUUCAUCUCCUCAAUACCGAUAUAGUAGACCACGCGAUUUAUGAAAUACUCCCCGGCUCACCGGCUGCUGCUUUUGGCCAGAUCGAAAUAGGUGAUUUUUUCAUUAAAAUCAACAAUCAGGACGUAAGAUAUAAGGCACCUUUCCAUGUUCUCAGAUGUCUUCGAUUGGCUAAAGUACCUAUAGAGGUACGAUUUGGUCGAGUUUCAAACAUAACGUGUCACAUUAAGCAGCACAUUGAGAAUAGUCACAGAAUAAAACGAAUGUCGCAAUCGCAAAAGGAUCUGAGCGAACCAUCAACGAGCGAUACUGAAGAACUAAGUAAUGAGGAAGCCAAAUCAUACGGAAGCCUGAAUACAUCUCAAAGAGCGUCUGCAAUUCCUUCGCGUCGAUCAAUAUCGGGCCAGGACGCCAAAGAAACCACACCUUCCUGGUUGCCACUUCAGGACAACAAAGAACGGAAACGGCCAUCAGUCAGCAGCCUUAACCAAACAGAAUCCGCUAGCCGUCUUUCCAAGGUUCCCUCUCGUAUGUUCGUCCAGGAUCCCACACCACGGCAAAAGAUCGUAGAUAACUUUGUUGGACAGUCCAUCAGCCCCGUUAAAGUAUCGCGUUUGUUGCCCCCGCCGUCUUGGAUGCCGCUCCAGGACAAUAAUAGUCGACAUCGGGUUAAAGUCUCUCGCCCCAACCAGUCGGAGUCAAGUGCACGUCCUUCGAAAAUUAUUCCUCCUUCCAAAACGUCCUUCACUGAGCAGUUGGAUCCAGUUAUUCGCACAUGCCAGUCGGAACCAGCUACUCGGCGAUCCAAAAUUCCGCAUUCCAUAACGGCCCUUCCCAGCUCCCUUAAGUCUUCAGAAAAGGUACUCUCAGGGCGUCAUCACAUACCUACCCAAGUGCCCCGUCUGCUACAGACGAAAGAAAGCGUCAACAGUGAUGGAAAUAAGAAUGAUACGAAACAACUUUUAAUGGCGGUGACGGCCCAUCUUAUUGAAACAGAUCUUCCAAUUCCAUCUCAGCACCAAAAGAACAACAAUUAUCCCGAAGCAUGUGACGAUCUGUCGUCGGGACCAUCCAGUGUUUCGAAGGAACAAUCAAGUAGCGUGAGCAGCAGUUUGUUGAUGGAUGGCCCCCAGGAUAUAGAAGACGAUCAAACACAACCACCGACCACUUCUUCGUCGCUCUCUCCCACCGAUGUUGACAAUGUAGCGGAAGUUGGUUACGGAGGCGCUAAACCUAAGACUGCCUCACCGUUCUACGGUGUUUCGAGUGCCAACAAUAAUUUAGGUGCGUAUGCCACCAUCGCUGCUUCACCAAAAGAGCACACUUCUGUGAGCAAAAGUGGUACUACUGAAGGAGCUCUUAUGGGUGCCAGAACAGCACACUUGUGCGAUAUGACAGGAUUCCGGACGAGUCGUUCUGAGGAUCAUCUACAACAGUCCCAGCGCGACGGAAGUAUGGGAUCUGUGAUUGCCGUGGAUUUCGACGAAGAUGUUAAUAGCUCAUUGAACACGCUGCUUGACACACGCCCAGAUUAUCACACCGUUGCUCAUGAACGCUACUCAAUGUCAGCUGUGAAGUCCGUUUCAAGCUCCGCCAGUUCGUCACAACAGCAUUCCGUUAGCGAAAGCCCGGCUUCACCCACCUCUGUUUCCUCUUCAAUUAUGGGCUCUUCAGGCGGGUCGCACGAUGUUUCACACCAUCACGAACAACAACAAAAGCACCAGGAUCGUCGUUCUGAUUCUGCAAAAGAGAGCUGCGUGGAUGCGAGUAGCCAGUCGUACGUCGCGCCAUUAGCAGCUAACGAUGAUGUGGCAGUCGGUGGGGGACCUUCGAGAUCAUUCACACAACAUUCCGUCAUUCGCCCCGGGGAGUUUAGCAUGUCGGAAGCUAUUUCGAACCUAUCCAGUCCAGAUUAUCAGGAAAACGCGCUGCUAAGCGCCAAAGAUGAUCUUGAAAUUGGCAUUUCGGAUAUCAGCGAUUCCGAUUCAACUAUACUUGCCUCAGACAAUCGGGGUGAAACAGCCGUUGCAUCGGCUGACCGAGCACUUUUGGGCGGCUGUCCCAGUAUAUCAAUGGCUAGUCGGUUGGUUAUCAAUACAGGCUUAGAUCAUUCCUUCGGUAUCCUGGGUAACGCAGACGCGUAUGACAAAUCUAAGGAAGACACCUCUAAUUUCAUCGAUACAGAAACACAGCAUAAGGGAAUAACAGACUUCACAGGCAGCAACAACUCAUCGUCGGAGGAUAGGGACGAUGUAGUAGCCGGUAGAAGCGAAACGGCAGGUAGAGGCGAGGUGAACAUUCGUCUUAGUCACGAAGCCUCGCCACCAGUUUCGGACGAUGGUAGUGAUACUGACUCGCUAAACUCGUUCCAAUAUUCACCUAAAGCAGUGGACAUUCCAUCAGCUGAACGUCUUGCCAAACGACUUUUCCAUUUGGAUGGUUUCAAAAAAAGCGAUGUAUCCCCGCACCUGUACAAAAUUAAUGAUUUCAACGAGGUAGUCGCUAGGGAGUAUUUAAAUUACUUUGAUUUCACAGGCCAACCGUUGGACAUCGCUCUACGCGUCUUUCUUGAACGAUUCUCUCUAUCCGGCGAAACGCAGGAGCGUGAACGAGUGCUGCAACAUUUCGCCAACCGUUAUCACUAUUGCAAUCCGCAAGAAUUUGCCAAUUUAGAUGUUAUACAUAUGCUUACAUGUUCCAUGAUGAUUUUGAACAUGGACCUGCAUGGAAAUAAAACCAGGCGUCCCAUGACAGCCGGUCAGUUCAUUCAAAAUCUAUCAUUUUUAAAGGAACAAAUAGGAGAAGAGAAGCUUCGAAAGUACUACAACAUCAUCAAAUGCCGACCGCUCGAGUGGGCUAUAGACGACGAGUCUGAUCUAACCGGUAGCACUGAUAGUGCUGGUAAUACACAUACCGGUGGUGGCGCUGAACCUAGCACCAGCGGAGGCAGCCUUCAAGGACCACCGGUUGGUCCGAAUCCCUUCCUUGAGGUACCGACGACGCCUGACGUAGUAUAUAAGAAGGGAUACGUAUAUCGAAAGUGGUGUUUCGAAGACAACAGAAAGAAGACUUGCUGCUCAAUUCUAUCCCUGAUAGUACCCUUUGGACGCCGCUCCUGGAAGAUGGUAUACCUCACCCUGAGCAAACUAGUCCUCUACCUGCACAAGAACGAGCGGAGCUUCGAAACCAGUCCUGUUCCAACUCCGGUAACCGUACAGAACUGUAUCCGCAUACAUCACGGGCUAGCAACGUGCGCCACAGAUUAUACCAAGAAACAGCACGUGUUUCGCUUGCAGACUGCUGAACAGGCCGAGUUUCUAUUGCAGACAGGCGACUCGAAGGAACUACAGUCUUGGGUUGAUAACAUCAACUAUGUUUGUGCUGCCUAUUCGUCGCCGCCGCUGGAAGGUGGCGUGGGAAGCCAGCAGCGCUUCCAGAGACCAAUGUUACCUCCAAAAGAAACUCCACUGCCGUUGGGACAGCAGUUAGCGUCGCACGAACGUCAGGUUUGUAAACUAGAGCUAGCACUUGCUGAACAUCGGUCUAGCACUGUACCCCCUCGAGGUUUGGCGCACCAAAACUACCGGGAAAAAGAACAGUACUUAGAGUACGAGUUGAAGCGGUACAAAACGUAUUGUAACAUAUUAAGCUCUCGGCACAGCCUCAUUCUGGUUGAUGGUUCCAAUAAGCCUGAAGAUAGGGCAGCCCUUGCUGAAACUGAUAAUAACGUAAUGGUCAGUGAGCAGAAUAAUGAUCAACUGCUGCAAUCAACGAAAAGUAUCAACGUUAGUGAGCCACCGCGAGGCGGUAUCACCAAGACGACCGAUGUCGACAAUAACCGGCUCACUUAGUCAGAGUCAACUCAAUGAAACAACUAUUCACAUCGAAGCUGUUGUGAUGAUAGAAUCGGGGAUGAUGCAGUUGCACUCCGUUUAUACUAUAACUGAAUUAAUCCCUGAACCUUGCGAUUAUUGUAUGGUAGGAUGCGUAGAUGAGCGCGAUUUGAUAUCACAUCCCCGGCGAGCACAGUAUUCUUUGUUAUAAUUUGCUCAAAAGCGCGUGCUCUCCUGAAGAAGCGAUCAGAUAAUCUAACAUUGAAAAAUGAAUACAACACCGAGCACGCUGAAUUAGAAUACGAAAUUCCCGUCAUAAUAAAUGCAAUGUCUGCAUUUCAUUUGUUCUUAAUAGCCCAAUGGAAAUAUUUAUGAUCACUAACCACUUCCUUUCAUAUAUAGAGGAACGGCCAUUUGGUGAGAGUUUGCAAAAGAAGUAGCUGGUUAGCUAGCUAGAAGAGUAGACCAGAAACAUGCUAGGCUAGAUAUGGCCGCUUGUUGAGAGAGUAUAAGAGAGUACGAACCCUUAGCUCGCGCGUUCCGUAAGACUGCGCACUUUGUGACGGAAGGUGCACCCUUUAUCCGACGGUAUAUUAUUUCACUAUAGGAAUAGAAUAUACGUUAGGCGAGAUAGGGCAACCAUUAUUUAUACUACUUCGACGCGACUGUUCUCGAAACAUUCGUUGUUCUUAUACUAAUAGACAGACGCAACAUACCUGGUGGAAUACGCGAUAGAAUAAAUGCCUAUAUAAAUCAUUGUUAAUAAAAUAUUUUUUUCGUGCUUCUAUUUUACUAAAAA